UUCAACAACUUGAAAAUAAAAUAAUAAAAAUGAAGAUGGAAGAGGACAGUCAUUCCAAUUGUUAGAGCUGUGGGUUCCCCAUCUCAACUUCAAGGCAACUCAAACCUUCUUUCAGUUGACUUUGGUUGCAUCCGGCGGCCAUGGCCGACGAGCUUCGAGCUCAACACGGCAAUUGGAUGUACGACGUUUUCUUAAGUUUUAGAGGGGAAGAUACUCGCAAAAACUUUACAGAUCAUCUGUACUAUGCAUUGAAAGAUGCUGGCAUCAACGUCUUUCGAGACGAUCCAGAGCUCGAACGAGGGGAAGAUAUAAGUUCGGAGCUCGAGCGAGCGAUCGAAGGGUCGAAGGUAGCUGUUAUUGUGUUCUCGGAAAAGUACGCGGAGUCGGGAUGGUGUUUGGAGGAGCUAGCAAAGAUUAUGGAGUGUAGAAGAACUUUGAGGCAAUUGGUUUUGCCUAUAUUUUAUAACGUGGAUCCUUCUAUUGUGAGGAAGCAAAAAGAUGGAUUUGAAGAGGCUUUUGUUAAACAUGAAGAGCGCUAUUUUAGGGAUAUUGAUAGAGUUCUUAGAUGGAGAAUGGCUCUCACUGAAGCUGCUAAUUUAUCUGGUUGGGAUCUGAGAAACAUUGCAGAUGGACAUGAGGCAAAAUUCAUAAGGUUGAUCGUUGAAAAGAUAUCGAAGGAGGUGAACAGCAAAUACUUAUUCGUAGCUGUGUAUCCAGUGGGAAUUGAAUCUAGAAUUCAAAUUCUUUUAUCACAUCUUCAUAUUGGUUCAAAUGAUGUUAGGUUUGUAGGAAUUUUGGGGAUGGGAGGAUUGGGCAAAACCACUAUUGCAAAGGCACUUUACAAUCAACUUUAUCACAACUUUGAAGCCAAAUGUUUCCUUUCUAAUAUCAAACAAACCUCCAAAGAACCCAAUGCUCUAAUUCACUUACAACAACAACUCCUCUCUUCAAUCACAAAAUCCACCAACAUUACUCUCGAAAAUGUCGACCGAGGAAUCGCCGUGUUGCAAGAAAGACUUCGUCACAAAAAACUUCUUUUGAUAUUAGACGACGUAGACGAAAUAAGCCAGUUAAAUGCAAUAGCAAGAAGUCGUGAAUGGUUUGCUUCAGGUAGUAGAAUUGUCAUAACAACUCGAGAUCGACAUUUGUUAAAUCAGCUUGAAGUAGACGGAGUUUGUUCCAUUGAUGAAAUGGAUGAUGUUGAAGCACUCGAACUCUUUAGUUGGCAUGCUUUUCGCAACAGUUAUCCAUUGGAAACCUUUCAUCAACUCUCGAAAUGCGUUGUCGAUUAUUGUGGAGGAUUACCAUUAGCCCUUGAAGUAUUGGGUUCCUUCCUUUUUGGUAGAAGUAGAGAAGAAUGGGAAGAUACAUUGAAGAAAUUGAAGAAAAUUCCAGAUGAUCAAAUUCAAAGAAAGCUUAGAAUAAGCUUUGAUGGGCUUAAUGAUCACACUUAUAAAGAUAUAUUUCUUGAUGUGUCCUGUUUCUUUAUUGGAAUGGACAAGAACUAUGUUGAACAAAUAUUAGAUGGGUGUGGAUUCUUUCCAAAAAUUGGAAUUAGUGUUCUUCUUCAGAGAUGUCUUUUAACAAUUGGUGACAAAAACAGAUUAAUGAUGCAUGAUUUGCUAAGAGAUAUGGGGAGAGAAAUUGUUCAUGAAAAUUUCCCAAAAUACCCUGAAAGACAUACUAGACUUUUUAUUCAUGAGGAAGUGCUUUCAGUACUUACAAGACAAAAGGGAACUGAUGCAACCGAAGGCCUAAGUUUGAAGUUGCCAAGAUUUAGCAAGCAAGAGUUGAGCACGAAAGCUUUUAAUGAAAUGCAGAAUUUGAGGUUACUUCAACUUAAUUUUGUUAACAUAACUGGAGAUUUCAAGCAUAUUUCUCAAGAGAUAAGAUGGCUUUGUUGGCAUGGAUUUCCUUUGAAGUUCAUACCUAAAGACUUUCAUAUGGACAAAUUGGUUGCUAUGGACUUGAGAUACAGCCAAAUCAGAUUCUUUUGGAAGGGUUCUAAUAAGUUUCUCAAGAACUUGAAAUUUCUUAAUCUAAGCCAUUCUCAUUACUUGACCCACACUCCAAAUUUCUCCAAACUCCCCAAUUUAGAGAAACUCAAACUCAAAGACUGCAAGAGUUUGGUUGAAUUGCACCCUACCAUUGGAGAAUUGAAAGCUCUCAUUUCCCUAAACUUAAAAGAUUGCAAAUGCCUCAACUCACUUCCAAAGAGUUUCUCCCACUUAAAAUCUCUUCAAACUCUCAUUCUUUCAGGUUGUUCAAACCUUAGUACUUUGCCUGAGGAUUUAGGAGAAAUGAAAUCAUUAAUAACUCUAAUUGCUGAUAACACACCAAUCCAAAAAAUUCCAAGUACAAUUACAAACUUAAAAAAUCUCAAAUAUUUAUCUUUAUGUGGGUGCAAAGGGCCUCCAUCCAAAUCAUUCCCUUCAAUGUUUUGGUCUUGGAUUUCACCAACCAAAUGUCAAAACUCAAUUGUUCUCCCUUCUUCAUUACAAGGCUUAAACUCCUUAAGAACUUUAUGCCUUAAAAAUUGCAACUUGUCAAAUAACACAAUUCCAAAAGAUAUUGGGAGUUUGGUUUCUUUGAGAGAAUUGGAUUUGAGCGAGAAUUUAUUCCAUAGUUUGCCUUCAAGCAUUAGUGGGCUUUUGAAACUUGAGACUCUUUUGUUGGAUCAUUGCACACAGCUUCAACGUAUACCAAAUUUACCACCACAUUUGAAUUCACUGUAUGCAUCAAAUUGUACUUCAUUGGAAAAGACAUCAGAUUUGUCAAAUGUGAAGCAAAUGACAUCUUUGUCUAUGAGUAAUUGCCCAAAACUUGUGGAUGUUCCUGGGUUGGACAAAUUGCUGGAUUCUAUUAGAGUUAUUCACAUGGAAGGUUGUAGCAACAUGGCCAACUCCUUCAAGGAAACCAUUCUACAGAGAUGGACGGUUAGUGGAUUUGGAGGAGUUUGUCUUCCAGGCAAGGAAAUCCCAGAUUGGUUUGUAUACAAGGAUGAAGGUCACUCAAUAUUUUUAGAAUUGCCUCAAUUUAGUGAUUGCAAUUUAGAAGGCUUCAUUGUGUGCACUGUUUACUCUUCUUGUUUUGACAACACAAUCUCAACUGAUCUUCCAAGUUUAUCAGUCAUAAAUUACACAAAAUGUGUCGUUACAACCAACAAGCCUCUUACCAAUGAUGUAAUAAUGUCAACUCAAGAUCAUUUGUGGCAAGGCCAUUUAUCAAACAAAGCCUUCAAGAUGGAAGCUGGCGAUGAAGUCGAGAUCAUCGUUGAUUUUGGAGCUGAAAUCACCGUGAAGAAGAUUGGCAUCUCGCUCGUGUUCAACGAGUAUAUCGAUCGACGAACAAUGUUAGAGUUUGGGUCGACCUCUAAUGACGAUAUUGUCGUCGUGGAUAACCAAGGCAAAAAUGUAAUUGAAAAUGAAGGUGGAGUUGGGAGUAAGAGAGACUUUGACAAUGACGAUGAAGGAUCGAGGAAUUUAUACCAAAUGCCCAAGAGGUUGAAGUAUGAGGAUAACUCAGAUGAAAAUUGAUGACAAGUAGAAGUAAGGCUUUCAUAUGGGAAUCAUAUUAUUAUGUCAAUCAUAUGGGAAUUACUUUAGGUUAACUUUUUUUUCAUGAUAAUUAACAUUUGCUUUUAUUGCUAUCCACCGAUGAAUUUAGUAUAGGACCGAUUCCCCCUCAACUUUAUGUUCUUUAUAUAUAUAUAUAUAUAUAAUUGACAUAGUAUCAA